ACCGAGCUGACUCCACCACACCAUUGUGCAACCCGAACCCCAGACCGGUCCGUGCCGAAACAAGUGAAAGCAAAGGCGGCCGCCGGACUGCAAAACCACGAGACCUGGGAAAGAAACGGAAGAAAGAUUAAGCGAGGGUUUUGGGCGAAAACCCUCGACGCCUCCCCCUAUUUCUUGGAAAUCCCCUCCUCCCCCGAGAUCUCCCCUCCGUCCAAAUGGCUUGCGCUCGAAGGAGCCUUACCUCCAACUUCACCACCCGCAUCACCCGCCGCUUCCACCCCUCAUUCGCCCACAUCAACCACGACGACCGCGAUCGCCCCGCCUCUCCCUUCCUCUCCUCCCGCCUCCGCCUUCUCCCGAUCCGUCCACGGCUACGGCGGCGGCUCUUCCCUCCGGGAUCCAAGAACCCUCGGAUUCUCCCUCCCGCUGGGCCUCGAGCCCUCCCUCCUCCGGAGCUACUCCUCCAGCGCCGAGGGAUCGAAUGAGGUCGAUUACAUCAAGGACGUCGCCGGGGUUCUCACGGACAACAGCGUCGAAACCGCCGCCGCUACUGCCGCCGCGGCGGCUCCGGCACCCUUCGCCGGCGAAGUGGCAGCUGCGGCUGCGGAUUCCUUCCUCCCCGUCGCUGCGCUGCAGUAUUUGAUCGAUGGUGUCCAUUCGUUUACCGGACUGAACUGGUGGGCGUCGAUUGCCUUGACGACUGUUUUGAUUCGAGGGGCUACGGUUCCGCUUCUGUUAAACCAGAUGAAGGCCACCGUGAAGCUUAAUACAAUGAGGCCAGAGUUGGAGCAGCUCAAGCAGCAAAUAAAUUCUAUGGAUCCAGAAUCUGUGCAGGAAGGUCAGAAAAGAAUGAAGGCAUUGUUUCAAAAGCAUGGGGUUACUCCAUUUACUCCAUUGAAGGGAAUGUUCAUCCAAGGACCCAUUUUUAUCAGCUUUUACUUGGCUAUUUCAAAUAUGGUUGAGAAAGUUCCAUCUUUCAAAGGAGGUGGAGCAUUUUGGUUUACUGAUUUGACAACUCCUGAUACUUUAUACAUGCUUCCAGUGUUAACAUCAUUAUCCUUCUUGAUGACUGUUGAGUUGAACAUGCAAGAAGGAAUGGAAGGAAAUCCUAUGGCAAGUACCAUGAAGAACUUCUCCAGAAUUCUUGCUCUCUUGACAAUUCCAUUUACAGCCAACUUUCCAAAGGCCAUUUUUUGCUACUGGAUCACAUCAAACCUUUUCUCCCUCACGUACGGACUUGUAAUUAAACGCCCUCCGGUAAGGAGAUAUCUGAAUCUUCCUGACAUAGUUCCUCAGCCUAACCCUGCGCCGCAGCCGAGUUUUUCUUUCUUUGGGGAAUCCAAGGCAGUUGCACCAGCAGCUUCUCCACUACCAGCUAAGGAGUCUGAGCGUCCCAAUCCUCCAGAGAGAAGGAUAUCUUCAUCUGCUGUCAUCAGUCAACGGAUUAGAAAUCUAGAAAAAACUGUGAAAGGUAGAAGUAAACCGAAGAAAAGGUGAGAAGUUUUGCAGGACAUCUAGAGAUCAGUUAAAAGAGCGAAUGAAGAGAAAGGAUCAACUUUUCCCUCUUCAAUAUGCAAAAAUAUAUCCAAAAUGGAGGAGUUAUAUUAAGCUAUUAUAUAUGAUGCAAUUUAUUUAUGGUAAAUGAGGUAAUUGCAAUUUUUUGUGAAAAUAAUUUACUGUCAUUGUUGACAUGUAAGAUGGAAUUCAGAAUACGGCUAUAAUAGCGUAGGUUGUGGCUUGAGGCUCCAGCCACAGUAUGGAAAUUUUUCGUUUCUUCCCAUUUCACUCAGCAGUUCUGCCCAAUCGACCGUGGGCUAAAUUUAGAUUUUGAUAGACCGUGUGGUCCUGGUACCAGCUGAUCUAUUGUAAGCUGAUCGUAUCAUUACAUGCUUUGUUGAUGAAAAUGGAAGCCUUUACCGACCACUCAGCCAUCGUUUGGGAGAUUAUUAACCACCAAACAACGUGAUGGUGAUUGAUGGAAGGGAGAAGUGUAAGUUUCACAUCAUAGAAAAGCUAGGAUUCUGUUUGCCAUGUAUAUCAGCACAUGUUAUGAAGCUACAUCUUUUCAUUUUUUAUUUAAGUUUUUUCUCCAUGAGGUUUGUUUGGCUAGUUAUAGAUGUCGUACUGUCUUCUGAUUAGAAAUUGACUUGAGUAUACCAUAAGCCAGAAGAGUAAAGUGCACAAAUUUAUUACAUCAAUGAAUUAUUGUGCUGUGA